AUGACGUCCCCAGUUGUGAGUCCUCUCGUCGGGGACUCAAAGCUUCUUUUCAAGAAGGACAAGCUUUUUAGACCCUACGUUCUUCCGUUCAUCCCACUUUACGCCACCUUUGCACACCUCUAUUUCAGACAGUACGAUCUUUAUAUCAGAGGAGGUGAAUGGACCUUCGUUUACCUUGGAGGCUUGGUGUCGUUGAAUAUUUUGGUUUUACUCUUGCCGCAGUGGAACGUCAAUGUGGCCAGUCGUUUUGACUACACGCCCGCUGCUGGUCUAGAGCAGGCCACCCAUAUUUUGAUUCACACUACACCCAACAACGGCGCAGACGACAUUGUAGAAAUCAGACGUAUCCAAGAAGCCGGUCAUUUGCAAGUGUUUUUCCAAUUUCAAAAGAAAAGAUUUUUACUUGAUACCGACACUGGCGUUUUUACUACUCCUAAGUUUGCUGUGGAUCAGGCCCCCAAACUCGAAGUCUUUCAAACCUCCAGAGGUCUUUCGGGCGAUCUCACUCACGCAAGAAGACUUUAUGGUGAUAACUCCUUUGAUAUUCCUAUUCCAUCGUUUUCAGAGCUUUUCAAAGAGCAUGCUGUAGCUCCAUUUUUCGUCUUUCAAAUUUUCUGCGUUGCAUUGUGGUUGUUGGACGAGCUGUGGUACUACUCGCUGUUCAAUCUUUUCAUGAUUGUCGCCAUGGAAGCGGCUAGCGUUUUCCAAAGAUUGACGACACUCAGAGAAUUCAGAACCAUGGCUGUUAAACCUUACCCCAUCAAUGUUUUCCGUGACAACAAAUGGCAAGAGCUCUCCACCACCGAGCUUCUACCUAUGGAUUUGGUGUCCGUCACAAGAACGGCUGAGGACAGUGCACUGCCAUGUGAUCUCAUACUCGUGGAAGGCUCCUGUAUUGUUAACGAAGCAAUGUUGUCUGGUGAAUCUACUCCAUUGUUGAAGGAAUCGAUCAAGCUGCGUCCACACGACGAAGCGUUGGAACUCGAAGGGUUGGAUAAAAAUUCUGUGCUACAUGGUGGUACUAAAGCUCUGCAAGUGAAUGUGCCCGAAAAACUUUCCGACAUCCCUCUACCUCCAGACAAUGGUGCUCUUGCUGUAGUGACGAAAACAGGAUUCGAAACUUCGCAGGGUUCUCUCGUCAGAGUCAUGAUCUAUUCCGCCGAACGCGUGUCUGUUGGUAACAAGGAAGCUCUUUACUUCAUUCUGUUCUUGCUGGUGUUUGCAAUUGUCGCUUCUUGGUACGUUUGGACCGAGGGUACAAGAAUGGGUAGAAUCCAGUCUAAAUUGAUUGUCGACUGUAUUCUAAUCAUUACAUCUGUUGUCCCACCCGAGCUGCCAAUGGAGCUCACAAUGGCUGUGAAUAACUCUCUAGCAGCUUUGUCGAAAUUUUACGUUUACUGCACUGAGCCAUUUAGAAUUCCUUUGGCAGGAAGAAUUGACGUGUGCUGCUUCGAUAAAACGGGAACUCUAACAGGCGAAGAUUUGGUUUUUGAAGGUUUGGCCGGAAUUUCCAGGGACUCAACUAGCCCAGAUGCUCUAUCAUCGGCCGGUGAGGCGUCUUUCGAAACUGUCUUGGCUGUUGGUGCUGCUCAUGCUUUGGUAUUACUCGAUGAUGGCGAAGUAGUGGGUGACCCGAUGGAAAAAGCAACCCUUGGUGCUUUUGACUGGAAAGUUGGAGCCAAGGACACCACGAACAAGGAUAAUGUUGGCCAAAUCGAAAUUUUGCGUCGGUUUCAAUUUUCUUCUGCUUUGAAGAGAUCAUCUUGUAUUGCUAAACACAAGAACACCACAUUUGCUGCAGUGAAGGGUGCCCCAGAGACCAUUCGCGAGAGACUAACAUCCGUUCCUGCCAACUACGACAACAUUUACAAGCAUUUUACCCGUUCAGGAUCCCGAGUAUUGGCUCUUGCCUCCAAAGAGCUAAAAGCUUUGUCCAAAAAACAAGUCGACAACCUGGACAGAAAAGACGUGGAAGUUGACCUCACAUUCAGAGGCUUUUUGGUGUUUCAAUGUCCCCUAAAGGAAGACGCGGCGGAAACUAUCGAGAUGCUUAAUGAGUCCUCUCACCGCUGUGUUAUGAUCACAGGUGAUAACCCUCUUACUGCUGUUCAUGUUGCCAAAGAAGUUAAAAUAGUGGAACGCGAAUGUCUUAUCAUCGAUGAACCUACUGAUGGCUCGAACCAUACACUAGUUUUGAGAAAUGUGAGCGAAACCAUCAACAUGCCUUUUGAUCCUGCUAACGACAAAUUUGAACACGCAGAAAUUUUUGCUCGAUACGAUAUCGCUCUGACCGGAUACGCCUUGAACGCGCUGGCUCAACAUGCUCAGUUGAGAGAACUUAUCCGCAACACUUGGGUCUACGCUCGUGUUUCACCUACUCAAAAGGAGUUUAUUUUGAACACCCUGAGAGACAUGGGUUACCAAACUUUGAUGUGUGGUGAUGGUACUAAUGAUGUUGGUGCCCUGAAGCAAGCUCAUGUUGGUAUCGCGUUGCUUAACGGCACUGAGCAGGGGCUGAAGAAAAUGAAUGACCAGCGCCGAAUUGACACUGCCAAAGCUCUUUACGAAAAGCAAUGUCAAUUCAUGCAAAAAUGGAAUCAGCAACCCCCACCCGUACCAGAGCCUAUCGCUCACCUCUAUCCUCCUGGUCCAUCAAAUCCACACUACCUAAAAGCGCUUGAAAAGAAAGGCGUAAAGGUCACCGAAGAAAUGAAAUUGCUAGCAGCUGAGGCAGCCACCAAACCGGUUGUGACCAUAAAGACGGAUGUAUCACAACAAAAGGCUAGCGACUUGGCAGAAAUGGUGAUGGGAUCUUUGGGUGACGCUGAGAGCGAGGAUGCUCCCACUUUGAAACUUGGAGAUGCCUCCUGCGCCGCCCCUUUCACUUCUAAACUCGCCAAUGUAUCAGCGGUCACGAAUAUUGUAAGACAAGGCCGUUGUGCAUUAAUCAACACUAUCCAAAUGUACAAAAUUUUGGCUUUGAACUGUUUGAUUAGCGCUUAUUCGUUGUCGAUAAUUUAUCUUGCAGGUGUCAAGUUUGGCGAUGGUCAGGCUACAGCAUCAGGCCUUCUAUUAUCCGUUUGCUUCCUCAGUAUUUCUCGCGGUAAACCUUUGCAAAAACUAUCGAAGUUGAGACCACAGCCUGGUAUCUUCAACUUCUAUAUCAUGGGUUCAAUUUUAGGCCAAUUUGCAAUUCAUAUCCUCACUCUGAUCUACAUCACGCUGGAAAUUUACAAGAUUGAACCUCGUGAGCCCCAAGUUGAUCUAGAAAAGAAGUUUUCUCCAUCGUUGCUAAACACGGGUAUCUUUAUGAUCCAGUUGACUCAACAAGUUUCCACAUUUGCAGUGAACUACCAAGGUGAACCUUUCAGGGAAAGUAUCAGAAGCAAUAAGGGAAUGUACUACGGUCUACUUGGUGUUGGUGGACUAGCUCUUGCCGGAGCUACUGAAUUCUCACCUGAAUUGAAUGCCGCCAUGAAAUUUGUGCCUAUGGAUGAUUUGUUCAAAGCCAAGCUUACAGGAACGCUUUUGGUUGACUUUUUUGGAAGUUGGGCAGUUGAAUUGAUUUUCAAAUAUCUAUUUAUGGAUUCCAAAGCCGCUGACAUAGCCCAGCGAAGCUAA